AUGUCUUCACCAGUUAAUGUCUUUGGGGCUUCACCAUACGAGAAACUGUCAAAAACGCCACCGAUACUACGUCUUCCCCCAGAGACGCUGAGUUCCAUAUUUGCGUAUGCUUCCUCUUCAGAUUUGGUUAACAUUUCCCUCGUCUCGAAAUCCUUCCGUGACAUAGCUGCAGCCCAGCUCUAUCGCUCAUUAAGCCAUAUUUUUGUUGAACGUGACACAAGAACCGGACAGCUGGCAGUGGAUCGUCUUACUGGUGUUCUAGAUACACUGAUAACGAGUGACUACAACUAUGCCGCUUACAUUAAGGAAAUAUCCUUAGAUACGGUCCAGGGAAGCCAUAUAGGCAUGAAUGUGGCUUUGGAAUUCAAAUAUGGCUCGAGCUGUGGAAAGUUUUUGAAUACUCUUCUGCUCGCGACUAUAAAAAAGAUACCAGCCCUGGAAAGCUUCCGGUGGAAUAUUCGCGUAGAAAUUAGCCCCGCCAUCUUCGAAACAUUGGGCAAGCACGGGAGCCUCCAAAAUGUCCAUGUUCGAUUGCAGGAUGGGCAGUCUACUCAUCCAUCCCCGCCAAUGGCUCCUUCGUCCGGCACAUUUUCGUUUAACGUUCCUGCCUCGUCCAUACCGCCUACUACGAGUCACCACCCCCACCCGCAUCACCACCCGCAUCACCACCCGCAUCACCACCCGCAUCACCACCCGCAUCACCACCCGCAUCAUCACCCGCAUCAUCACCCGGCUCCACCUAGUUCCAAUCUAGGGUUAUUUGCAAAUAAUAAUGUAAAGCCAGUGAAGCGGUUGAAUAUUCAGAAGUUUCCUCAUUCUCCACGGACUUUCUCCAAGUUCUCAAGUCUGAAGAGUUUGGCCGUUUUAGAUAUGGAUACCCUCGAGUAUGUCCAAGAGAUUGCGGAAUGUAUUUCGUCGUCCUCAACAACGCUUAAGACCCUAAAGCUUUCUUUUUCGGAAUCGUUGGCUCUCAAAGCUAGAAAGAAGACUGUUGUGAAUGUGUCGGACACGGAUACAGCACAAGACGACGACGACGGCGGCGGAUUUUUAAAUGAUCCAUUGAUGCAAUCUCCAGCGCCUCCACCACCUGUAACGUCACAAUUAUUCGGAAAUAUCUCUACACCAAGUGAUGCCGAUAUGCGUCAUGAACGUGCUGCCCAGGAAAAGGCCCUUGCUCGAAUUUUUGGACUAGAAAAGGAGACUGUUGCGCAACAGAAACUCGAGAAGAUUGCGGACCGUGCAAUUUAUAAUGCAGACAAAGAAAUUCGGUUGGCGCUCAAGCCAUCGAAAUACGAUGAAGACCGUAUGUUUGUGGAAAAGCUAUCCACCAUCGUACGCGGCCUGGCUCAGAGCAAAGGGGCUUAUGCCGCCUCUAGUAAGAGCCUAAAGGCUCUUCAAAAAGUCGAGAAAGCAGUCGCCGCUUACUUGGAGAAGAAGGAAAUCGCGGAUGGCUAUCGAAAGAUGAAGAAGAAAGCGUUGGCUAAUCAAAAACCUUCUCAUAAAGUCCCCCCUGUACCGAAGUCGAUUUCACCAUUCGCAACUAAUCUUCCUCAAUCCAAAAACAUAUUUGGCUUGGAUGAAGGAAGCCCUCCCGUGCAAAAUCCUGGUAUGAUAUAUCCACCACCAACACCAUCACAGCUUCCACCAUCGAGCAAAAGCAUAUUUCCCCUACCUUCGAAGGGAACCUACCCUCCAGGCUCUUCAUAUGUUACGCAAGGCCCUAUCCAUAAAAACAAUACCUUUCAUUCAGGAAAACCUGUACCUGGUUGGAAACCUGCCGCUAAGGCUUUCAUUGACUACUCAUCAUCCACAUCUGACGCUAGCGAGAGUGUUUUCAACAAAUUUUUAGAGGUCCAAAAUCAAAGUCAUCAACCGUCAUUUAUCCUUAAGCCAGAAGAGAAAAAAUUUGAGGACGAGUUGCAGGAUAUCGUUGAUCUAGAACAUCCAGAUGAAGUCAACAGUGAAGGUGGUGAGGACCAGGAGUUUCUCGAUUUGACGGAUAGCUCUAUGGAGGAUGAAAGCCCACUUCCAUGUUCGGGGGGUAUAUUUAACGAGCCUCAGGCUAGUUUGUUCCCCUCUGGUGCAGACGGUCAUGCGUCAAGUUCGUCAAGUAAAGGGAAGCAGCCCGUUAAGGUUUCUGACGAUUCCUGGAUGACUGGCGUACCAACCUCUGUAGCACAUCCGGAUACUGGAGCUAUGGAGGACACUGAAGACGCCAUCCAAGCGUAUAUUCGCCUCCAUCAUGGAAUCCCGGUGGAAAGCUUAUCCAUCUACCUGAUCCCUGUGAAACCAUCCGUACUUUGCCGUGCGGUCAACCUUUCCUCACUGAGGCAUCUCUCCCUUCUGAAUGUGGGGCCCCAACGUCCAUUUUGGUCCAUGCUCUCCAAGCUACAAAGAAGUACCCCACUCCAACUAGUUUCCAUCCAUACAGAUAAUGUCACCCCGAGUUUUCUUGCGUUUCUAAAUGGCCUAAGUUACCUAGAAGAACUCUUCAUGGUCGAAAGGAUCGCCCGCUCGAAAGUCGAGUCCUUGGCACCCAGGACACAAGUUGUAAUAGAAGAUAUUCAGAAGCAGGUACUCGCAAAGCAUGCAAAGCAUCUGAAGCGGUUAAUGAUUCGAAACGAUGAAGAUUCGACCUGGGCCUUGAAUAGGGAAUCUGUCGCGCUAAUCUGUAAACGUGGCUUCGCGCUGAAAGAGCUCGUUGUCGCCAUGGCCUCGCCUAAUUUUCACUUGCUCAUGCAGCACUUGAAUGGCUUACGCUCUCUUCGGGUCCUCCAUAUCCUCUUCGUCCAAAGCGAUUACUGCGCCGGCAUACUUCGCGAGAUAAGAUACUGUGCCAUUGACAGCAUAAUCCGAUGCCCAAGCCUACAAAUAGAAUAUAUUGCAGUAAGCUACGCUCUGAAUGGGCCUGCCGGAACUUCUAUUUCCCGCCUGGAGUACAACCCAUCUUGGCAUUCCGCCCGCUCAAAAACCAAUAAGAGAAUGUCGGAUUCACGACUCGAUGAGGAUAGGGAUAGGAAUGAGGAGGCGAAUGGGAGUGGAGGCAGUUUCGACUGGCACUCACCAUUCACUGGCCGUCAUACUUCCGGGGCUCUCAAAGGCAAGGGGAAGGAAGCUCAUUUUUCAUGGAUGGCGAAUGGGAGUGACGGGGAGGACUCUUAUGAUGAGGAUGAUGACGGCGAUGAUGAGGAAGAGGAAUGGCAUGGCAAAGUAACGGUGCAUGAUGGUGUCAAGUUUCGUGAUAUCACCGGGGUUAAAGUUUGGCAAAAAGAGAUGUGGGAUUUGAGGCUUUGA